AUACAACAAUCAAAUGUUCAAAAUAACAGUAUCUAGUAUCAACCUUAAUUCAAAAAUUUAGAAAUAAAAAAGUAUAGGGAACCAAAAUGGCUUCCGUUUCAAAAUCGUCUACUUAUAAUUUAUCUACUAGUUCAGACUCAGAAAAUGAAAUUAGAAGUAUUAUAAAACCUGAUACUGCUAAAAUCGAUUUUAACAAAACCUAUAAUACGGAACUAGCUUCAAGCUUAUCACGCCAAACUACAAACAACUCGUUGAGGUAUUUUAAAAAACUUAAAAGAAAAAAACCCGUAUAUGAAUCAGAUUCUAGCUCUGUAUCAUAUACACUAAACCCAUCAAAGGAUAAAUGUAAUCUACCUGAUUCAAAAAACGUGUCAAAUUACAAGAAAAAAAAACUCGGGCUUAAGAACAAAAAUACCACAUAUAAAAAUUCAAUUGAUUUAAAUAAAGAAUUUACAAACGCUUUUGAAUCGUCUUCUGAUUCUGAUUUUCCUGAUAUAAAAUAUUUAAGAGCUAUUUUACAAAAUGAAGAGAUUAAUACUUCACCUGUCAGUAAGGAUUCGAGACAAAAUAAAUCGUAUUCGAGUUUAAGAAGUAAAAACCGACCAACAUCAAUAAAUAUUUCUAACAUUACUGAAAAUAUCAAGAACGACUUAGAAUCAUCAAUGUCAUCAGAUGUAACAGAUCUUGGGGUUUCUCAUGUAAAAAUUGACUCUGUUAACUUUCAACAGAAAAAUGUUUACACUAAUAAUGAACUAAAUUUGGAUAAAAUAUUAUCAGAUUGUAGUCUAUCUGAUGUUUUAUUCGUUAGACAAGAUAACAGUGAUUUAAAAAGCCAAUUUUAUCCCACACAGAGUACAGAUACUUCAAUUAUACAAAUGAAAUCCCCAUUAAACAUAAGUUUGGAAAUUGAUAAUGAGCUUCUAUCGCAGCAAACAUCAAACGCUAUUAUAGAUAUACCGGAUUUAAUCGACAACGAGGCUGUAAAAGUCGAACAAAAUUUAACUGUUAAUGAAAUUGAAAUUUUCAAACCUGAACUUAUAUCAAACAAUGAAGAGUCCAAUAGUAAUGAAGCGAAAUCAUUUUCUAAACAAAAAUCAAAUUUUCAUAUAUCAACUGAAGAAAGUGUUAUCUCAGAACAAAUUUGCAAUCAUUGUAAUCGUUCUAGUAAAUUAAAAACUGAAAAUACCAGUGAUAGUAAAAUAAGAAAUACAAAACGAAGUAAAUUACGUUCGCACGUUAAAACACUGACAAGUACAUCAGAUAUUUUGAGAAUUAAAAAAUCAUGUGAUAGCAAAAUAAUAAAAAAUUCUGAGAAAAUAAAUGAAACUGUUGACGAUAUUGGUCUAGAAUAUGAUGCAGAUAAAGACAACUAUAUGGUUGAGUUACCAAAUGGAGCUUUAGUUCCAGUAUUUUUAUCAACAUUAAAACCUAAGCAUGUAAAAAAACUUUGUGCAUGUGGAAUUACUUUAUCUGAUAUUCCUACUUAUUGGAGCGAAUCCUUUCAUGAUAUUUUACAUCAAAAUAUUUAUAAACUACGUUUUAUAGGGGAUGUAUCGGCUGAUGACACUGUUAACAUUAAACAAAAUGAUUUAUUAUUUAGAAUUUUAAUGUUACGUGAAAACCAUUAUAAUAACGAAAGCAUAAAAAAAUCAAUCAAAGAUAUAGAUGAUUUUGUGUGCUUAGAAUAUGGUAUCUCCAAUAUUAGUAUUCAAUCAUAUAGAUAUUCCACAUAUUUAGCGGUUCUACCUAAUUUCAAGGUGAUAGGAUAUUUAGAAGUGAAGCCCAUACAAAAAGCGUAUAUAUUUACCAAUGAUGAUAAAUAUUCAGGAAAUACAACAGUACCUGUGAAGUUUGGUGUAUCAAAGAUUUGGACUUUAAUAAAAUACAGACAUAAAAACGUCGAUGUUAACUUGUUAGAAACAUUUUGUGAAAAAAACAAAAUUCAAAAGAAAGACUUGGCAUUUUCCUUAGAUGGAAGUCAAGGUGUCAAAUUUAUUCAAGAAUACACAGGAAAUAAAAAUAUUUUUAUUUACAAUGAAAACGCAGCCUAGUUAUUAGUAUUUAUUAUUAGAAUAUAUGUUUCUAUACACCUAUAAUCUAUAUAGUAGACAUCAGGUGGUAAUGAUUAUUUACAAUGAUAAGUACCUAUAAAUAUUUUUGGAAUGUCAUACUAUAAAUUUAUUUAAUUUUUUCAAAUACUUAUUACUAUUAUUAAUUUAGUGCUCUAAUUAAACUCUAUAUAAUAUUAGUUUUAUUAAUAUUGUUAGAAUUUCUAAAGAUUAACUUAGCUGAUGAUUUAAAAAAAAAAAUCAUG